CCCGCCCCGCCCCCGGCGGCGGAGCGUCCUUGUGCCAUGGCGGCGCGGGCUGAGGGCUGCGGCCCGGCCCCGCCGCUCUCGCUGGCCGUGGCGCUGGCGCUGUCGUUGUCGUUGUCGCUGGCGCUGUCGGCGGGGUCGCCCCCUGCCGGGGGGGCGGCGUUCCUGGAGGCGGUGCCGCGCUGGGGCUGGCGGAACGUGUCGUGCCCGGUGUGUCGCCUGCUCUUCGGGGCGCUGGACCUGGCGCUGCAGCUGGAGCCCAACGUGGUGCGCGUGGGGCGCGUGGCGGCCCGGCUGUGCCAGGACCUGCGGCUGGCGCGCCCCGAGAUCUGCCGGCAGGCCGUGCAGCUCUUCCAGCGGGACGUGGUGUCGGCCUGGGCCCGCUCGGUGCUGCGGCCCGGCGAGGCCUGCGGGCUGCUGCUGGGCCGGCGCUGCGGCCACUGGGACAUCUACGGUGCCUGGAACGUCUCCCUGCCCACCGCCCCCAAGCCGCCGGUGCAGCCCCCGGUGCCCCCGCCGCCCGGCGCCCCCACCGCCCGCAUCCUCUUCCUCACCGACCUGCACUGGGACCGCCGCUACGUGCCGGGCAGCGACGCCACCUGCCCCGACCCGCUCUGCUGCCGCGGCACCGCCCGUCCCGGCCCCGGCGGCGCUGGCUUCUGGGGCGAGUACGGCAAGUGUGACCUGCCGCUGCACACCAUCGAGGCGCUGCUGGCCCAGCUCCCUGGCACGGCCCACUUCGCCGCCGCAUACUGGACGGGCGACAUCCCGGCACACGACGUCUGGCAGCAGAGCCGGCAGGACCAGCUGCUGGCGCUGCGCACUGUCACCGGGCUGCUGCGCCGGCACCUGGGCACUCUGCCCGUCUACCCGGCCGUGGGCAACCACGAGGCCACCCCCGUCAACGCCUUCCCCCCGCCAUACGUGCAGGGCAACCAGUCCUCCGCCUGGCUCUACGAUGCCAUGGCCCAGGCCUGGCAGGACUGGCUGCCCCCCUCAGCGCUGCAGACCCUCCGGGCCGCCGGUUUCUACACGGUUCAGGUCUGGCCGGGGCUGCGCCUCGUCUCCCUCAACAUGAACUUCUGCUCCCAGGCCAACUUCUGGCUCCUCAUCAACUCCACCGACCCGGCGGGGCAGCUCCAGUGGCUGGUGGGGGUCCUGGCGGCUGCCGAGCAGGCGGGGGAGAAGGUGCACAUCAUCGGGCACAUCCCCCCCGCGCACUGCCUGCGCAGCUGGAGCUGGAACUACUACCGCAUCGUCAGCAGGUUUGAGGGCACCAUCGCGGCGCAGUUCUUCGGGCACACGCACGUGGACGAGUUCGAGAUGUUCUAUGACGAGGAGACGCUGACGCGCCCCGUCUCUGUCGCCUUCGUGGCCCCCAGUGUCACCACCUACAUCAACCUGAACCCUGGUGCGCCCUGGUUGUCCCCCCCCAGCCCCCCGCCACCUGCCCUGCCGCUGACCCCCCCCCGCCCGCAGGCUACCGCGUGUACGAGGUGGACGGCGCCUACCCCGGCAGCUCCCACGCCGUGCUGGACCACGAGACCUUCAUCCUCAACCUCACGGAGGCCAACGCGCCGGGGGCAGAGCCGCGCUGGCAGUGCCUGUACCGCGCGCGAGAGGCCUACGGGCUGCCCACCGCCUUCCCCGACGACUGGGACCGGCUCAUCCGCCGCUUCCAGGAUGACGAGCGGCUCUUCCAGCGCUUCUGGUUCCACUUCCACAAGGGCCACCCGCCCCACGAGCCCUGCCUGGCCCCCUGCAAGGCCGCGCUGCUCUGCGCCUUGCGCACCGGCCGCUCCGCCGACCCCGGCCUCUGCCAGCCCCUGCGCCCGGCGCUGCCCUUCCCGCGCAUCCAGGCGCUCUGGCGGCGGCACCGGCUCUGCUGAGCUCCCUGCGCGGCCCGGUGCUGCCGUCGGCACAAUAAAGGUGUGACGGAC